AUUACAAACCCUUUAAUUGUGUAUAAUUGUCUGUUUGUGCAAACGAGAGCGAAUAAGAUUAUUUCAUCGAUGAAAUACGGAAAAUGUCUGGCGCACGAGAAAAGUUUGAGGAUUCAGGAGAGAUGAGCGACUGUCAGUUAAAAUUUCUAAGGUCUCUUUCGAUUGUUCUGAAUGAUUAUCAAAACGUUUUGCCCACCUUGCCAGAAAUGUGCGAAAGAAUGAUAACCGCACAAACAAAUGUGCCAAAGGAGCCGCAUGACAAAAGCAAUUUCGACUUAUUCAGGUAUGUAAGUUUAAACCGCUCAUUUAUUCUUAAAGUUCUGCCUAUGAAUUUGCAGAUAUCUUGAUUGAAGAAUAAUCUUGAGGAUAGAUAAUGACACUUUUAAUUCAUUAAAAAACCUGCGGCGUUCAAAACAUCAGAGGUCGUGGAUCUUGGGUUUGAGAGUUAUAACAUCAAUUGGGGUUAGGUCCUAGAGGAGCCUAUUUUACGGGCUUCUUUUAGGAGUAAAUAAUUUCAGCUCGCUCAUAGAAUUACAUAUUAGCGCCCCAUGUCUUAAAUCAUGCCCAAGCGACGGGGGUGAUUGCUGAAAAACGAAAGUCGAGACGAACACGAUUAUGGUCGUGUGCCAAUGCUUAAUUUCCAUAAAUAUGAUGGCCCAGAUUGCUGCGAGUGCCUCGUCUGAUCUGAGCGAUUACGUAAAAGUUGGGUCUUUCAGGGUUCAUAAUUCGGCCUUGGUGCCUUUCAAAUAGGAAUUUUUUCCUACUCAGUUGCCAAGAUGAUUGACAUGUGACCUUUCUAUACUUAUCCCGAGUUUCGAGUUGGAGAACCCAUAGCUUCCAGCAUCUCUCACCAGAGGGGAAAUACUGGAAUAUCAGUUCUGAGAAACCAGAACAUCGGUGAACAUUUAAAGGCACCCCAAAAAACCAUAAUUACUAAAUGAAAUCGAAACAUAACCAAAAAGUAACUGUUCAAAAUAGGAUCAGUCAACAAGAAAGGGAGUAAUCAAGGCGUCCCUUUGAGUUGUGGAAAACAGAUCGACAGACUAGCUAGAGAUAACGUUGGAAAAACAAAGGGAAGAAGAGUCAGAGUGGGGAAUAAGAACACAUAUGUUUAAAUCUCACUGAUAUUUGUGUUGAUUUAUGUUAAUACAUUUUUUUAAUGCUUGGUGGCCAUUAGGACCGUUUUUAGGUUAGGUUUGCUCGAGUAAUACUCCGUUUGUUCCAAUAAGAAUGAAGAUUUACCAGGGGGUUAUUGAGAGGGCGGGGCGAGAGUCCGAAAAGGAACGGAAAAAAGAGAAUCAACGACAGAUUAAAUUUACUUGUAAUCCUUCUUAAUAGGGAAGAUGAGAUAAGCGUCCUUGAAAAAAGAAAACAGGGCGAUUUGGUAAAACACUUAAAUGAAGAACUGGCGAAAAAAGAUGAAAGGUAAGCAUACUAUUCAAAAUGUAAGGAAGAAGUAUCUUAAUAACUUGUACAAGUUAACUGCAAAAGCUGCCAUUGAAAUACUGCUGCUACUAAAUAAAUCUUCCGUCGUUCAGCAAACUCAAGGUUGAUCUUAUGCGUGUAGAACUCGACCUCGUAUAGAAGCAACUUGGAAAGGAAAAAAAGAAGGACAUUCUUUAAUGGAUUGUAUUUAAUACUACAUUUGAUUAGAGAAAUCAUGCAGGAAUUUGGCAAAAUUUCACCUUGGGGCAAAGCUGCAUGGUUUAGUUUGAUCAUGAAUUUACCACGUGAAGUGUCUUUUACAACCUAAGCGUGGUAACUUCAAGCUAAAAAGAGGCUCUUGACUCUACACUCGGUUACUUUUUUCUUUCUUUAUUUUACUGUAAUCACGCCGAUAGUUUUUAGAGCUAUUGGAGCAUAAUUUAUGUGUAUAUUAAUAGCAUGGUGCACUCUUUUCUGGUACAGCUUCAGAGAUGGUAAACAAACGAGCAACCAUUUUUGCUAAGUUUCUUCAGAAUUGUUCACCUGAAAAAUGAAUUUAAUAAAGAUGGGAAAAGUUGGGAAAAAACUGUACGUUGAAAUUAAAAUUUCAUCUUUUCCUUCUUCCUUUCGAUGAAGGCUGAAAGCCAUCCUCUGAGCUUUUGUUACGAUCCCAAAUUUUCUCCUUCCAUCCAUCACUCCGUCGUCACUCUUUCCUUCAAUUCUUAUUAAAUUUUUGGUGAGUUCGCUAACUAGCCUAUAAGGCUUUCACGUGUUUAAUUCCUGCUUGGGAAUCAACUGAAAUCUGAGAAGAGAUUUAAAAGUAAGCUUUUACCCGCUAUAUGCACUUUAAUAAGAGUACUCGCUCAGAAACAAUAGGCGUUUUUCAGCCCCAAAUUGGAAAACAGAUCUCUUCAGAAACACAUUUUCAUUGAUAUCUUUUUAAAGAAUAAUGUUUAUUGACACUUAAAUCACAGUUUUAAAUCUUAAUUACCAAUUUUUCGUAUUUAGAUUAAUAACGUCGUAAUUAUUAUUAUACUUAGUGUAUAUAUAUUUUUAGAAUUAGAACUUUAUGAGUAGUAUUAUAAAACUGACGUUAAAUACGCAAUUCAGCUCUCAGAUGCCUAUGUAUUUCUUUAUCAAUAAACUAUGUAUCACUUAUCUAUCACUUAGAGAUCAAAACGUGCUUUCCGAGUAUAGUCUGGAGUAGAGCAGAGAGUUAAAGCGUGACCUUCCUUUACCAAAAAUUUAAAAUAGUCAGUUUAGUGGACUCGAAAUUUCACCUCUUUAUAUUUCAUUUUUCCGGGUCCAGUGGCUCACAGCCACCUCAAUUUUUUUGCUUUCACUGGAGCGUGUAAGCUCAUGGUAGAUGCAAUUUGCGUUCUUGUUAACCUUAGUUCAAUACUGUUUUUGCUAUCUUACAGGAUCUCUGAAUUGUUAAGCCAUUACAAAACCCAAAAAGAGUGUUACAAAUCAAGGUAAGUAAUAAAUGUAUUUGACUUCGAGAAGCCAUGAUGAAACAUACCAAACGCUAAAAUCUAGAUAAAGAAGUCGUCUAAUGUAACCAACAGAGAAUGAUUAGUCAACUGGAACUAUGGUAUAGCGUUUAAAUGGCGUAAACGUUUGUCUUCCAAAGCGAUUGUUUUCAAUCUAAACCUCGUGGAGAUUCUAUCAAGACCGAAGUACGCACAUUCUUGCAAACAGUUUGUUAAUGAUAGCUCCGCUCUAUGUUUUAACUAAAAAGGGCAAAAUUACGUGCUGAUCUGUGCUUAAGAUACAGUAUAAUUUGUUUCGUAGUAACGACAAGUACAUAGCAGAGAUUAAAGCCAUGGAGGAUGAACUUAAAGAGUCUCAGGAAAGGUAAGAAGGAUAACCAGGAACAGAAAAAAACAAAUAUACACAAUUAUGUAGAUCGAUUACGCACUACUGAAACCAUUUUAACAUGGCGUUUUCCUUUUCGUUAAAAGAAAGUAUAACGAGUUAGUGAAACUUCUGUGAAACACGUUUGUUUCUCACGCAACUCACAUCCCCAUUUGAGCCAGCUCUUGAGGACAUGGGCGACACAAACACCCCCGGGACGCAAAAAAUGAAACUUUGAAGAGUCUCUCUGGCACCGUUCUCUCGCAACUGCUUGUCUUCUUUAUUCACAUCAGGUUUAAUCAUUGCCUUAGCACCAGGCUACGUCAAUGUUCUGCCUAUUCAUCAGCCAGAAUAAGGGCCUUCCGUUUGAUUCCAUUUCUACCGAGAAAAAUCAUUUUACUGUCCCUCGAAGAUGGGCAAAAAUGUAGUUUUUUCUACGCACUGAUUUUUUUUGGUUCACCAUGUGCAUGUAUUGUUUUUUUCACCACCGAUCAGUUCAUGAAAAAAUGUCCUCGUUCUAAUUCUACAAAAAACUCAUUUGAAUCGGCAGUCUUGAAUGCUCUGUUGCUUUUUGAUUCAACAGUUUAAUGAAGUAUAACUAUAAAACCAUCAAUGCCUCAAUCAUUAAGCUCAUUCCAUGUUCUACUGUUAUGACAUUUAUCACCAGGAUAUCUUGGCUUGAAAGCAAACGAAACUCAAGUGAAAGAAUGUCGACUAUGACAAGGUAAUAGGCAUCAGUCUUUGCCUGAACCGGCCAAAAAAACGAAAAAUUACUCUGAGGCCAGAUUUUCAGUCAACUAUUUUGUGUAGCACAUAUUUAAAGGACAGGUUACUUUUGACCAAUUUUUAAACAAGUCAGAAGUAGGUCGGAUAAAUUCAAUUAUAUCGUGCAAAUAAAUGGUCAAGAAUUGCUCAAAUUGUUGUCAACAAAUAUUUUGAUGUUGUUUUUGGAGAUUUGGUACUUUUUAUCAGUCCAAGUUUUUUCAUUUUGUAACGCGACGUUCCGAGAUUGACCUUAAAUUUUGAGCUUCAAAAGAGGUUUUUUGGCAGAAUUCAGUUAUUAUCGAUUUUCUCGAAAAUAAAUGUUAAAAUCUUUUUCAACCCAAGUUGUCACUAUCGUCCUUAAGAUGUAUGGUCAAAAUAAACCAAAGUGAGCAAUUUAAAAAUUAUUUACUACAACCUUUUAUUCAAGUUAAAAAAAAAAAUAUAUAUUUAAGUUGACCAUUAAUACGUUUACAGAAAUUCAGGUUAAAGGUCACCUCGCAGUAGUAAUCUUCAACAAGUACAAACGGUCUAUUUUUGGACAUGACAGCCUACCGACGGUUACACCCACUUUGUUGGAUGUCAACUAGUAUCCCAGUUACACUAAUAGAAUAACACCUUAAAAGUUGUGAAACAAUUACCACAAUUUAAGGAUUACUAGUUGUAAAAAAAUUUUUUUGGUAUGGCUUUAGUACGAGUAGCAAAAAGACGCUUGAUCGUUGUACUAAAUAAGUAAUCCUAAAUUUUCCAGGAAGACACAGAUUUCCUUGGACGAGAUAGUGAAAGGCUACAUCUAGAUCAAGAUUGAAAAUAAUUGAUUGAACCUCUUAAUAAAAGUUACCUCUGGAAAGCAUAAAUUGUAUUCUAGAAAACAAGUUGAUAUUAGCAUAUACAUAAACUCGAUCAUUGUCCCUGAACUAAACCCAAACCCAAACCUUAUCUUUAAACUACUGCAACUAAAUCAGAUAUUACUAGCGUAGAUAUCCGGAAACGAAUCUCGAAUUCAAACCAUUUCUAUUAACGUAAACUUGUACAUUGUGAACUUGUUUAAUUAGAAAUUAACACAUUUAAACAAUCUGCCAUUGCUUGAUGUCGGCUUAUGCAACACGUGCCUGUCAAAAGCGUAAGUAAACUUUAAUGAGUUCAAGAGUAAAUUACCAAUUCGAAUUUUUAAUAAUUUUUAGCCCGUUAUUUUAUUAUUUAGAACUGCAAAAGAAAAUAAGGGGAUUUCGAGUACUUCAGUCAAUUUUAACUUCUUUCCUGUUCCGAUUUUUAUCAACAGUGAAACUCCCCUUAAUGGCAAACCGACAUCAAAUGUAUCAGUGUCAACUAUGACAGAGUAAGUCUCACUAUCAGUUUUAUCGCAAGUCUUUACAAAUAAAUAAUAACUAGACUUCAAAGCGACGUACUGUACAUUCCUCACGGUAAUCCUGCAUCUUCUACCCAACUGCCAGGGCGAGGAGUCGUUUUUCACCUGUCAAGCUCCCUCAAUGAGCUCCAAGUUUUAUAACCACAGGUGUCUGGUUUCCUGUUCUGUUCUCUAUCUAUUUUAAGGCUUACUGAACAGGUUUAGGUGCAGAGUGUAGAGAAUUAUGUCGAUAUCAUAGUGGAAAGCCAAAAUAAAAGUUGUUAGACGUGCAAGAAAAAAUAACUAUAUACGUGGUUGUAUAUGUUUCUUGAAACUGAGCCUUAUUUAUUCCUCUCUGUAUGUUAUUGCGUAUCACUUCAAGUCAAAAUUGUUUCAUUUGCCGUUUAAAAAUACAUGUAACUAAUGUUUACACACACUCUUUUCUUCUUUAAUCAAACCAGCAUUGAAGGAAAGGAGGACUCUGAAAGGUAUACUUAUGUGUCAUAAGUGGAUGUAAAGCUACACCAAACUAAGCUAAUAAUUUGUAUAUUUUGUUUUACUCAUGAUAGGUUUGGAAAAACUUUAUUUAUUCAUGUAUUUUUUUAACUGAGACAUCAUUUUAGAAACGAAGCUGAAACUAGAAAUGGGAAACACCUCUUUAAAUUGAUCCGGAUUGUUUUAAUUGGGCCCGAACUAAGAAAAGAAAACUUUAAUGAUAAAUGUCAGCCCGUGGUGAAUACCUGUAUUUUUAAUGAAUUGGUAUAUCUGUUCUCAAUUCAACUCAUUUGUCUUUUCUUCUGAGUUUGGUUCCACAUUAUGAUAAGAUUAGGUUUGUGAUCUUUUGAGGUUUGAGGAGAUGGAAAGAAAGUACCAGGAAAUGACUUUAAAGAGAAACGAAGAGCUCAAUAAUCUACAGCACAGGUACUACUAAAGGAUAAAAGAAGCACCACGUUUUCUAUAGGUCCCCCCUUGCGAGGUCGGAUUAUGAGCCAAGGCUACUGUUAGCUUGGAUCAGUUUAUUGAACCGCUAUCCAUCAUUGUCCGUAAUAUGAGUAUUUGGUUGAGAAGCGAAGCCUCGAGGGCACAUGUAAGAUUCUGAGGUCAAUCUCUCAGCCAAGGACAUUAUCAGCCGAUAUACUAACCAGCCAGAAAGGGUUUAUAUAUUCAAUAACUCUCUCAUGAAUUUUCGUAUCGCGAGUAGACAGCAAGUUUUGCUGCCUUUUAUUAUUUGACUAUUUUCAAUAACCAAAAUAAGGUUAUUUUCAAUUUCGAUAUUUGAUCUCUCUAGCCUUCACCAAAUGGAAGAGGAUGCCAAGUCAAUAAUUUCCAGAAAAGAUGGAGAGCUGAAUGAAAUGAAAUUGAGGUAAUAUUCUAGUAUCUGAACUUUUUAACGGACUGGCAGCAAUUUACACAAGGCUUGCAACGUUUGUCUUCCAAAGCGAUUGUUUUCAAUCUAAACCUCGUGGAGAUUCUAUCAAGACCGAAGUACGCACAUUCUUGCCAACAGUUUGUUAAUGAUAGUUCCGCUCAAUGUUUUACCAAUAACCAAAUAACCAAAAAUAAGGUUAUUUUCAAUUUCGAUAUUUGAUCUCUCUAGCCUUCACCGAAUGGAAGAGGAUGCCAAGUCAAUAAUUUCUAUUAGAGAUGGAGAGCUGAAUCAAAUGAAAUUAAGGUAAUAUUCUAAUGACUGAACUUUUUUAACGGACUCGCAGAGAUUUAAACAAGACUUGUGAUGUAGUGGAAAGGUGUUAUAUUGGCGGAUACUUGCUCAUAGAAGAGUGAAGGAGUAAUUGAAAAAUGAAGAAUAAAUUAACAAUAAGAAAAACAUCGAAUAGAGGACAACAACGUGGGAGGGAUAUCUCAGAUUAAGCCCCCUACGAGAACAAUCUGAAAGUGAACAGAGAGGGUAAGUUUCUAAAAAACUGUGGUGCUGUGUCGGUGGGAGAGUAAAAAAGGGUAAUUUAGUAUUAUCGACUGAGUUGAUAACGUUCCCUUCGUCGCUCUGAAACUCUUUACGAUAGCCAAUUUACGUUAUCAACACAGUUCAUAAUACUAAAUCAAUUUGAAAGUGGUUCGAAGUUUAUUAGAUGAAUAACAGAAUAAGAGGCGCAAUGAAUCAUUGUUCCUGUAAUAUGUCUGCCUCAUUUGUGUUUUGUUAUUUUUACAUCAACAUUUUUUCCUCUCUGCAGAGCUCCUUCUGGUCGUAUUCUUAAAUAUAAAGCGUUCCUUAAAGUAUUUAGUUAUACUCCUUUCAGGUCUUCCAUCUUUCCAUCCUACAAGAAUUAAUUUGUUCAAAAUUAUCCAUAAACUAUAAGACUCAAGAGAGAUACUUGAUGGACAGUACUGCACCGAUUAAAAGGUGAUCGGUCGUGUAAAGAUAGCUUUUUGACAUCAAUCAACAUCUUCAGGAUUAAGUGAGGCUUCCACCAAAAACUUAUUUAAGAAUCGGUAACAUUUUUCCAGAAGCAUUUCCAUCGUCUAGACUCUAUUUAAACUACGAACAUGAAAAAGAGGAGCUGAACUGUAUUUGUUGGUAUCAGUACGUUACAGGCUACAAUUGAGCAACAUCUCUCAUUCUGAACCAAGAUAGCAUGGAACUGCAGUACUCAAUAUUUUGCUUGUAUUGCCGCUUACUCAGUUUUGUUUCUUAUAUUCUUCUUUCAGGGAGAAAGAGCUGAAAGAAAAAUGCAAAGCUCAUUUGGGAUGUAAAGAUGAAGAAUUGAGGGAGAUGAAAAUGAGGUAUUUACGAUUUGCCAAUAGAAGCGAUCUUCAAGGUUAAAUGCAUACCGCAAUUCAACAUUGCCUUUAUUUUUUAAUAUGGGAACGAAGAAGUAGCAAAUUGAAUUUCUGACAUUCUAGAUAAAUAAUCCAUAAUUGUAUCACCGAACUGGAUUCAUAAUUAUCCACAUUUUAAACAAGGCUUGUGAUGUAGUGGAAAGGUGUCACAUUGGCGGAUACUUGCUCAGUUACAUAAGAAAGUAAACAUAGAAGAGUAAAAGAGUAAUUAAAAAAUGAAGAAUAAAUAAACAAUAAGAAAAGAAUUAAAUAGGGGACAUCAAAGUAGGAGGGAUAUCUCGGAAUAACCCCCCCUCCCCCCCUACGAGAACAGUCUGAAAGAGAAUAAAAAGGGUAAGUUUCUAAAGAAACUGUGGUGCUGUGUCGGUGGGAGAGUAUAACAGGGUAGUUAACUAUCAUCAACUGCGUUGAUAACAUCAAUUGGUCACCGUAAAACAGUUUUAAAGCUGACGUUUCGAGCGUUAGCGCUUCGUCUUAGCUCUUCGUCGGGCUGAAACUCAAUACAGUAGUCAAUCUACGAUAUCAACACAGUUGAUAAACCCAAAUCAAUCUGAGAGUAGUUCGAUGUUUAUUGGAUGAAUAAUAGAAUAGGAGUUGCAGGUGAAUAGUCGUUCCUUUAAUACAAUGUCUGCCUCAUUUUUUUUUUUUUUUUACAUCAUAAUUUUUCCUCUCUGCAGAGCUUUUUCUGUCUGUACUUUUUUCUGGCCGUAGACGGGCCAGAAUAAGAUUUUCCUCUGCAGGAAAAUGCACAAUAGGCGCUACAUGUCAGUUUUUAAUUGGCGUAAAGCAAUGUGGUGGACAUAGCCCGGGAACGAGGUGGAGUUUUGGCAUCGAGUGUAUUCAGGCUUGAAGUGCUGGGCUGCGCAUAAACGAUAACCAAGCUUGUUACAGUUUACACUUAUCUUUCGAGUAAACUUUAGAAUACUUUUUUAAAGCACAAACCUAAAACUGGGAAUCAAUUCAGUUGUUAACGUAUUGAUGAAAAACAACAACCGUGGGAACAGCUAAAGUUUAUUGGCUGAUUGAUUUAAUUCGAUUAAUUAAUUAAAUUAUCUUAUAUAAACAUCGGCGAUGGGAUCGAUCAGUAGAUUACUUUCGCGGACGAAAAAAACAAUACUUUUACGACAAAAAAAAAAAAACUUGUGAAAGUCACUGCCACAUAUAUUUAAUUUCAAUCAGUUCAAAAACUAGCGGUCCAUAAAAUGCCUUUGUGGUAUAUCGUUUCGAGGCAGAAAACUUCAGAGGUUUUUUUAUCAGAUGUAAGCGGAAGAAAACAUGGCAAAAAAAGAUCAUUGCGUUCAAAUGCAAAUAUUUAUUGAGCGACUGUGAGGUGAAACUUGACAUGGGAAUGGAAAUAGGGGAAUUUGGCUUGUGUGGGCAGAAAAAGAUUUGAAUCGCAGCGUUAAAAUUUGAUGAACUUUGCUACCGGAAAUUUGAUAAACACAGGAUUCUAUUUAGUACUGUUUUUGUGGAGCGCCCGAGGUAUGCAUUUAUUAUUCUGUGGAAAUGGAUGGUUACCAUCAUUCUGGAUUUCUCUGUGACUCAAGCUAAGUCACAAAGUGACUUAUUCCUUUUCUGUGGUACCGGUACUUACGUUAGUCCCCGCAUUUCACCUGGCGAUUUUAGAAUUUCCAAUUUGUUAUGGCAUCAACUUGUUCCAAAGUCUUAAUCUUCACAUUUCUCCAUGUUCAGUAAAAAUGAAAAGCACUCAACCGCGAUUUUGCUAAAAACCGGAAGGCCUUCAAUUCGUUCCCUCUUGUGACGAUAAGUUUUCGCCCCAAAACUGGAAAACUGAAUCUUCGCGGACGGCACAAUAACAACUGGGGGAAAUAACUCUGUAGAGACGACUUGGCAGCGAGAACGGAAACUCGUCACGAUUUCCUGGUACACGGAGAUCUACUUCGAGCGAGCUUAUACGGACGUCAAGGAUAAGACAAUCUUUGGUUCCACAGUACUUUUAUUCUAGGUCAGGCCAACAAGCGACAUGACCUCUAGCAUACUCUAGUUUGUAAUCAUCAAAGCUGUACAAGGUACUUGCUUAAGAAGUAACUGGUGUGAACUGCUAUUGUUACACAAAUCGCAAUAUUUGAAUAAGGACACAAAGGAGCGGAAAAAGGUCUCUUUGAAGUUAAACGAAAACUACUUAAAUAUUCCAUCUGUUUCUACGACGGAAAGAAUCUCAAAAUUAAAAAGACGGAUGCAAUAAACUCUAGGCCAUUAACGUAGGAAACCUAGGUGCGAAUUUACAGCUCUGAUAUAGAAAACAAUACCUAUCUUAACUGCAGUAGCGCAGCUCAGGAAACAAAAACGGGAAAGCAAUUAAAAGUUUCUGCUUAUCUAUGCAAGAUUGGUUUGGAAACCAUCGCAUGAAAAGAAAUUAAAGUUACGAGUAUAAACUCAGCUGCUAUCUACCAUGAAAACCAAUGUUUCCAGAAAGACCAUUAACACUUAUAUUUACCUAAAAAAACCAUGUAAUAAAAAACAAAAGUGCCGACAACCAGGUGCAUAUGAUGAAAGCGAGUAACAACAAAAACUAAUCAAAAGCUACUGUGGUUUUUAUGCAUUUUUUGGAUUUUUUAAAAUGAAAGGACUUGAAAUGGUUAAAUGUGAAAGUUUACGAAUAAAUAUGUUUCGAAUAACACACACGGGAAAAAUCAGUAAAUUUUUCCCGUAACACUCUGAACCGCAAAUCCGGCCAGAAUAUAGGCUCCAUGUAACCUCUUGUUGAACAUAAAGUGCUUCUUAGAGUAUUCGGUUUUACUCAUUUCAGGACCUUCCGUCUUUCCAUCCUACAAGGAUUAAUUUGAGACAGAUUUUUUUUCGUCCUGUCACGAGCGUGGGACAAAGAAAAAAUUCUGAGUCGCCGUAAGGAAACGAAUGAAUGGGACUCAGAAUGGGACUCAGAAUUUUUUCCUUGUUCCACGCUCCUGACAAGACGAAACACAUCUUUCUCUAUUUCUUUACCAAGCUCAAAACUUACCAUCUCUCUUAUUCUAUUUAAGGAUUAAUUUGUUCAAAAUUUUCCUUUAACUAUAAGACUGGAGAGAGAUAGUUUAUGGAAUAAUGCUGCACCAAUUAAAUGGUGACCGGUGGUAAAGAUAGCUUUUUGACAUCAAUCAACAUCUUCAUGACUAAGUGAGGCUUUCAUCAAAAACUUUUUUAUGAAUCAGUAACAUUUGGAUCAAUAUCAGUAUCUGGGCAACUGCCCACCUACCCCUCCCCUAACUCAACAACAGUCAAUUGAUGACAAGUUAGGGUUAAUGUUGGAUUAGGGUAGGGGUAGGUGGGAAGUUGCCCAGAUACUAAUAUUGAUCCUAAUAUUUUGCCAGAAGCAUUUACACGGUCUAAACUCCAUUUUGACUAAGCAUAUGAAAGAGAGGAGCUGAACUUUUUUUCAUUUGUAUCAGUACGUCACGGGCUGCAAUUGAACAACCUCUCCCAUACAAGAACAAGAUGGCUUGGAAUUACAGUACUCAAGAUGAUAACGAAUGGAAUAAUUGUAUUUUGUUUCGCCUAAGUUUAAUAAAUUUUGCUUGUUUCGCCGCGUACUCAGUUUUGUUUGUUUUACUCUUGUUUCAGGGAGAAAGAGCUGAAAGAGAAAUGCAAAGCCCUUUUGGAAAGUAAAGAUGAAGAGUUGAGGGAAAUGAAAAUGAGGUAUUUACGAUUUGCGCCCGAGGUAUGCAUUUAUUAUUCUGUGGAGUUGGAUGGUUACCAUUAUUCUGGAUUUCUCCGUGACUCAAGCUAAAGGUCAAAUGCAUACCGCAAUUCGAAAGCACUCUUCCAUUCAACAUUGCUUUUAUUUUUUAAUAUGGGAACGAAGAAGUAGCAAAUUAAAUUUCUGACAUUCUAGAUAAAUAAUCCGUAAUUGUAUCGCCACAUUGGAUUCAUAAUUUUCCACUUCUGGAAACAACAAUUGUAGAUGUCUGUUGAAAUUCUGCUUACAACACAGAAUUCUCAUACAGCCUUCAAAGUUUUCUAAUAAUCAUUAUUUGCUCGAAUGUAAGUCCUUCUACGUGCGGUCAUCAAGUAAAAAACUCUAGGCCAAAAUCUAGCAGACAUGUUAAUCAGAGGGAGCAGCAGAAAUUGAGCCCACGUGUUUCUGUUUUAGACCAAAAGCUCCUUCUUUUUUUAAUCCUCCGCUACUAUCAUGUUGUUUACCAUCGGGUUUCCCAAAGAUUUUGUGAAGACAAAAUUUCCGAGAUUUCUGAUGAAUGCAAAAAAAUAUUUUGUCAAACUAGUGCGACUGAGUGCUGGCUAUUUAACAAUGUAGAGGUAAUGGAAAUUGGUUUACUUUUCCGACCUUGCUUUUUCUUUUUCCCAAGACUGGCUCAUCUUAGUGAAAAACUGGUGAGAAAGGAUCAGAGAAAGGUGGAAGACACGGCGGCAGCAAAUAGACCCUCGAAAGUGGAAGAAGACUUCGCUGAUUUUUUCGACAGCGAGAGAAUGGACGCGAUAGAAAAAAUGCAAGACGUUUAUGGAUCUGAGGAAGACAACGACAUCGGUAUCUCUUACCCUCGACUAGCCUGCAUGAUAUUCGAGGUGAGAAAAAUCGAUAAAUAUUCAUUUUGUUCUCUUUUUUACCACAGCUAGAAAGUUGCAAUAUUUUUAAUAUUAGUGAUUAUGGCUGGUUACUGUCGUAACCCUUCAAAUCAAACUUUUAGGAACACUUGUGAAUUUUUUUUCCUGAAAGGCGGCCUACGAAAAGACGACAGAGGUAAAGGACUCAGCACUUCAUGUUUUCAGAGAAGCAAUCAAUGAAAUGAUUAACAAAGCUGCGGAACUGGGAGAAGCUUACUUGCGUUCGGAAAAGGUAUGCAGUAAAUUCUUAUACUAAAGCUGGCAAAAUAAGCUCUAUCUCGUUAAUCCGGCUGAGAUAAUGGUUAUAACUCAUGUUCCUUGUCAGGUUAAAUCAAUACCUAAUUUUUGGUAAAUGAUAGAGAACCAAAUCCAAAAUGAAUGGUUUUCUGUGCCUUUUUCGAGAACUACCGUCAUGGUAAGACAUGGUAAGAUUGAAACAGUGAUCCAGUAGUUUAUAAAGUUCGGUGUUGUCGUUAAAGUUGUCUUUUGUUCCUAAAUUUUGACCCUUUCAUUUCACUACUAAAUUAGUUUCACGGAAGUCUUGUAAGGCUAUUGUGCCAGAAUCUGAUAAUAAAUAAUUACAUCGUAUGAACUGCUCGUGCGUUUCGUACUUUCGUUUUGUACUUCAAAGGGAUCAUCCUUUUCGUAUCACUGGACUCUACAAAACGUUAUCGGGUUUUCUUCCAUUUAAAGUAAUAAAGAUGAACAGUGAAACUCUUGAGUUGGCUUUUUUCCGCUUGCUUUUUCCCUUUAUAACAGAGAUAAUCGCGUGACAAGUAUCGACAAAGACGCGGUUAUUGCUCAAUAACUGUCCGGUGAUUUUGCACCACGCGACGAAAAGUAGCCAAUAGAAUCGCACGCAAAUUAAAGCAUGGGUUAUCAAGAACCAUAACCAACGUAUAUAACCAAGUGUAACAAAAUAUUUUGCUCGAGCUUUGCAAUUUCCAGUUUAAUUCUCAUCUUUUUUACUCUGUCAUGUGUUGAUGAAGUUCAAGCUAUCGUCACAUAAAGUCAGUUUGAAGAUACCAAUGUACAGCCAGGAAUUGAAGUACCCGACCGAGGUUCUAGAUACUCUCUUGCUUUCCUUGAAAGAAACUGCGCUCCUCUGCAGCCUUGAGUUCAUGAAAGAGGUAUGUUACAAAUAGCUAUAUAGUAAACUGCUUUGAAUUCCCAUUCAAUUCUUAUAAAGCCUCCUAUCAUCUUAUACAGCUCAUAUCGUACAAAAAGGGAAAGUCCCUUAAAGACAUGCUUGUGAGAUCAAAAAUAUGAUUGGAAGGCGAUAAUGCCACGUGACCACAAAGCCAAAUGGGGAGUCCGUGUCAGUCUGCCUUUAACCUUAUUUUUAUGCCGAUAUCAUUUGGAUACCUAGCAUAUCAGCUGGUGAUCAAAUUCGCUGCGAUCGGCGAAUAAAAUCGCCAAGUGCAGUGUCACCAGUUUAACUAACUUCGUAUUCUUGGUCCGCACUGUAAGUUACGAAACCUCGUUUUUGCUGCCCUAAGUAGAUUUAAAUGGAAAAAAAAACUAUAUUCCUAACUUACUGUACUGACCUCGAACUUGGUUAGUGAGAAGUAGUUUCUCUUUACAUUUGUCUGGUCCGUUUCGUUAAGCUUGCAAUGAGGUCUUAGACCCUCUAAAAUGCCUUAAAAUUGACCUCAAACCAGCUUUUUAAAUUGGUGAGAGCUGGCCACCCCGGGUGAGAAUCCAAAUCACCGCCUGUGUCCCAAUUCUGUUCGGCCAGGGAGCUCUUAGCAAGUUCAAUAGAACUGAAACUUAAAAUUAAAAGUGCAAACGAAUCAGAAUGUGUGAUCAAUGAAAGAAAUAGCCGAAAGAGAGAAAGAAAAUUGUAACGAGGCAUUUAUUAAUGGGCAUUGAUGAAGAUGGCGAGUUGAAUAUUUAUGCUAAUCUUGCAAAGUCGAGUAUGAUGGAAAAUUAGGCGGCCAUGGUGUAUACUGACUUAUAAAAGACAUAAUCGUCUUGAGUUUGUGAGGUCCUCUUCGCAUAUACGAAUCAGAGUCGAUUUGUAGCCCGCGUAAAACACCACAAAGAGUACGUAGGAGAUAACACUUUACACGUUAUUGCGUGGUUAAGGCCUCACACAGCGGGCUUUCGUGGACCAAUGGUUAGGAAAUGCUUGCAGAGUACAUCAAGAGAAUAUCCUAUGAGCAGUUUUUCUGUCAUAUGUAAGAAAGAUCACACUAUGAUCCUGUUCUCUUUUAACUUUUAAUUUUGAAGAACAUGUAUUCCCAAACAAACAAAGUUGACCUCUUUAGGCUAUUUGGCCAGUGUACACCAGGUUUCACUCGUAAUUGGCACAAUAUUGCGUCUUUUUCAGGAUGUUCAGAAAAGAGUCAUAGAAAAGUGGACAUCAUGGCUCGCCAGCGAAAAAUCAUGUAAAUUCUCUUUCUCCGAUCAUUUGCUGUUUAAACUCAAGGACUACAUUAAGGCGUGCAUCCUGCUAACUUGGCGUAUGGUCGUCCAGGUUCCACCCAUGCAACUGGAGUAUAAGUGUACCACUUUAAAAAGUUUCCAUAAGAUGGUGGGAUACCAUAGUAGUCCAGAGAUGUGUUCGAGGCCCCCUCCAAAUGGACAAGGCGCCGCCGAUGAUGAGAUUGCUUGUUAUUUGUGGCCAGCACUCUUAGACGGAGGAGGACGAAUCAUCCGACGUGGAGAAGUCCUUUGUAAAGUGAAAGCCGAAGCGGUAUAGAAACUGAGUUGAAAUUGGUGUAACAAGGAUAAAUAAGUGACACUGAAUGGCGGAAAAAUGACGAGGCUUCUUACCCUCAAAUAUUAAUCGAAUAGUACAAAUACAGCGCUGUCCCUUAUUCGAAAUUGUUUUGAAAUGUUGAUAAAAGUAUUUUUUACUUAAUUUUUUUUCACUUGAAAUAUCAAGUAAAGCUCCUCUGAACGAUGAACACAUGAUAUCUUUGGUGGAAAAUGUAACCCUAAUAAAGAUACCUAACUUUGCCCUUACCUCUUUCAGGAAGAAUUUGCUUAAAAACGUAGCAGGAUUCAAUAUAUCAUUAUAGAUCUAACGCAGGAAGUGUAGGAGCUGUUUUCUUACAGGUUAUUACAAGAAUGAAGAGUUAUAAUAAUUGAAGCACAAAAUUCGAUAUUUCUUUUGUUUUUGAAAUAGCCCAGUCCUCUACGUGAACAAGUGUGGACUUUUAUUUUAGCAGAAAAGAAAUAAUUUAUAUCCAAUUUAUCAGCCUCAAUUGAAGGCCAAUAGAUUAGCCGUUUACUCUUGCCCAAUACUGAGGCUUUAUGGGGAAUUACCUGUGGAAAGAGGGCUGAAUUUACGGACAAAUUUAACUAAGUGCAUUCUCGGGAGGAAUUUCGGAAAGAAAUUUGUAGAAUUUUGUUCUAAUUGCUGCUUUCUCUUGUUUCCUUUGAGAAAAGUGCCAUAUCUUUGGCUUUUUCAAAUCAAAC